AUUCUGGUUCUCGUGCUGCCACUGGCAGUGACUAUGGUGGUCACGAUCCAUGUAGAAAAUUUAAUGUUACAACUGCCAAGGUUACAACGCAGUGGUAACUUGCUUCUUAAAACGCAGGUGUAAAGGUACCAAAACAGUUAGCGCUGGCUAUUUAUUGUAGUCUACAGAGUUGCCACAACUGCUCCUCAUUUACUGAUAAUACUGUAAUUUGAGAUUACACCUGGGUAAAUUGAUCCUGGAUUGGCUGCUAGGGAUGGAACGUAUCCAGAGCAUUUUAGUUAUCUCAGUCGUAACUAAAACCUCUAGUACGUGUGAACUGAUUUCUGAGAGUAUGCUUUCCCUGUCUCGUUCUUUGGUGGCUGCACUGGCGCGCUCACAGGUCGUGGCCGGUCAGUGCGGUACGAAUGCUCUGCUCAGGUUCAACUGCACCUCUACUUAGCAGGAAAAGCCUAAAAAGACGACAUUUGGUCCCUUAAGUGAUCAGAACAGGAUUUUCACCAACCUGUAUGGCCGUUACGACUGGAGGCUUAAGGGGGCCUUGAGUCGUGGCGACUGGUACAAGACCAAGGAGAUUCUGCUGAAAGGGGUAGACUGGAUCCUCAAUGAGGUGAAGGUUUCGGGACUGCGUGGGAGAGGAGGAGCUGGGUUCCCCACAGGCAUGAAGUGGGGGUUCAUGAACAAGCCCAGCGAUGGCAGGCCAAAGUAUCUGGUGGUGAACGCUGACGAGGGGGAGCCUGGCACCUGUAAGGACAGGGAGAUCAUGCGCCACGACCCCCACAAGCUGCUGGAGGGCUGCCUGGUGGCCGGCAGGGCCAUGGGGGCCCGUGCUGCCUACAUCUACAUCCGGGGCGAGUUCUACAAUGAGUCCUCCAACCUCCAGGUGGCCAUUAACGAGGCCUACGCCGCAGGUCUGAUCGGGAGGAACGCGUGCGGCUCGGGUUAUGAUUUCGACGUGUUUGUGAUGAGAGGGGCAGGUGCCUACAUCUGUGGGGAGGAGACUGCGCUCAUUGAGUCCAUUGAAGGCAAGCAGGGCAAGCCUCGACUGAAGCCCCCGUUCCCUGCUGAUAUAGGGGUGUUUGGCUGCCCAACAACUGUGGCUAAUGUUGAGACGGUCGCUGUUGCACCCACCAUUUGUCGUCGUGGUGGCUCGUGGUUUGCCAGCUUUGGGAGAGAGAGGAAUUCUGGGACAAAGCUCUUCAACAUCUCGGGUCACGUCAACACCCCUUGCACCGUGGAGGAGGAGAUGUCCAUUCCUCUCAAAGAACUAAUCGAGAGACAUGCAGGUGGAGUGCGGGGUGGGUGGGACAACCUGUUGGGAGUGAUCCCUGGGGGCUCGUCCACUCCCAUCAUCCCGCGAUCCGUUUGCGACGAUGUGUUAAUGGACUUUGACGACCUCAUCCGGACACAGACAGCACUGGGCACUGCCGCUGUCAUUGUCAUGGACAAGUCUACUGAUGUCAUCAGAGCCAUUGCUCGUUUGAUUGAAUUCUACAAACACGAGAGCUGUGGCCAGUGCACCCCCUGCAGGGAGGGAGUGGACUGGAUGAAUGCGAUAAUGUGGCGGUUUGUGCGUGGUGAUGCACAAACAGCUGAAAUUGACAUGAUUUGGGAGAUCAGCAAGCAAAUUGAAGGACAUACAAUUUGUGCACUGGGAGAUGGAGCUGCCUGGCCAGUGCAGGGAUUAAUCCGACAUUUCCGCCCCACGAUGGAGACUCGCAUUGCUGAGUUUCAGUGGAAACAGCAGGCCAGAGCUUAACUCCCUGAGUCCUCCCCUGCAGCGAGCUCUGUUGAUCUCUCUCCUCCCUCAUCCUAUAUUAAUAACAUUGCUUACAUUGAAUUAUUUUUUUCUCUUACUGUGUAAAAUAUUUGACAGUUACUAUGAGUCUUUAACAUUUGCAAAUAAAGUUUUAGCAACCAA